AUUACGUUUUAUGUCGAGAUCAGCACUUCGCAAUGUUCUCCAAACACGCCGACUUCUCGAGAACUCCGAACCAUAAACAACUAUAAUCGGAGUAAUCUGGCUAAACUCCGCUUGGUCAACAAAAGAUUUUGUUAUAGUGCCUCAACGCGUCUUUUCCGACACAUUAUAUCCCUAGCCGGUUCGUUGUACCACACCAGGCAUUUUCCAUCCCUAGGAAAGCUGGUGAGCCUUCCCAAUAGCCAGUAUGCCCAAUAUGACCUUGCCGGCUUACUGUCUUCAUGCUUGCGUCAAUUCCCCAAUCUCAAAGCUCUCGACUUCCGUGGUCCGUCAUUGACGUUCUUGCCUCAUAAUAAGAUGAAAGCAUCGAUCGACUCAAUGCUCAUGUCGUUAUGCUACGUGCCUCUGCCCAACUUGACGGAACUUGAACUUCGGUUACCAAUGACGAAUGAUUUUGCUCCAUUGUUUGCCGAAAAUAUAAGCACAUUGCGGAUACCGAUUGAACAGACUCUCAGUCGCCUUCACUAUAUUGGAUUGCACGUCUAUGCGCAAACAAACCAGCAAUCCUGUGCGACCCACUUGUUGAGAAUCGUGGAGCUUUCAACAAGCCUGAUUUCCCUCUCGCUCAGCAGCACGAACUAUCUAAGUAUUGAUCGUCUGAAGCUCGGCCCAACGGUUCACCUGCGGUUUUUAUCCUUGCACAAAGUGAAAAUUUCAUCUCGAAAUCUCCUCAAUAUUUUUGAGCAAUGCAGCGAGUCGAUGAAGUAUAUCGAGUUAAGGCACGUGAAGCUCGAGGGUGGAACAUGGAGAGAAAUUCUGUCCGCAAUCGAUGGUUUACCGAACCUGUAUGACUUUGAUAUAUCUGUUGGCGAAACUCCCAUAUGA